AUGGAGGAGAGAACGUUGUUCGCAUUGAUGGUCUUUUCCUCAUUCGUAGUAUUAGCAGAAACUGUUGCUCAAAAGCACGCUAUUGAAAUCUACAGCCUCCGCAUGGACUGCAAGGUCACAUCGCGAUUUGCUCACACUGUCAUCACCAGCAAAAUUGUCAACCGAGCUAAUGAGUCCAGAGAGGCGACCUUUGAAGUGGAGUUACCCAAGACGGCCUUCAUCACAAACUUCUCCAUGUCCAUCGACGGUAAAGUAUACCCGGGAAUAAUAAAGGAGAAAACUUCUGCUCAAAAGGAAUAUGACACUGCGGUCUCGCACGGGCAGAGCGCCGGCCUCGUCAAAAUCACAGGCAGAAAACUGGAGCUGUUUCACGUGUCUGUCAGCAUUGCGGCUGCCAGCAAAGUCACUUUUGAGCUAACAUACGAGGAGCUGUUGAAGCGGCAGCUGGGGAAGUUCGAGCUGCUGAUCAAGGUCCGACCGAAGCAGCUUGUUAAGCACUUCCAGAUCGAUGUGCACAUCUUUGAGCCCCAAGGCAUACGCUUCUUGGAAACAGACAGCACAUUCAUGACAAAUGAGUUAACUGAAGCGCUCACGAAAGUGCAGAACGAAACCAAGGCUCAUAUUUUAUUUAAGCCAUCUGUAGAUCAACAGAAGAUAAAUCCUGAACUUGCUGAAACCCUCCUCAAUGGUGACUUUGUUGUGCGUUACGAUGUUAAGAGAGGUGCCACUGCGGGUGAUAUACAGAUUGUCAAUGGGUAUUUUGUGCAUUACUUUGCACCCCAUGAAAUGCCAGUGUUUCCCAAAAAUGUCAUCUUUGUUAUAGAUCGAAGUGGCUCCAUGGCAGGCAGAAAAAUCGAACAGACGAGGGAUGCCCUGUUGAAGAUUUUGCAAGACCUCCGCCUGGAAGAUCAUUUCAGCUUUAUCACCUUUAACAGCAAAGUAGUGCAGUGGAAGAGCUCUUUGCUGCAAGCCACUGCAGAGAACGUGGCCAGUGCUGCAGGAUUCGUGCAAACUCUUUCUGCUAGUGGAGGCACAGAUAUCAAUCGUGCCCUGCUGGCUGCCGUGAGCAUGCUGGAUAAAGCCAAGAGGCUGCCAGAACGGACUGUCUCCAUGAUUAUUUUGCUGACAGACGGCCAGCCCACUUCUGGUGAGAGUAAUGUGGAAGUCAUUCAAGAGAACAUUCAGAAAGCAGUCAAUGGGAAAUAUGCUCUUUUCUGCCUUGGCUUCGGGUUUGAUGUCAGUUAUAAGUUCCUGGAGAAAAUGGCCCUAAGCAACGGGGGAAUAGCACGUCGUAUAUAUGAAAACGCUGAUGCAGCCUUGCAGCUCCAGGGCUUUUAUCAAGAGGUGGCUACCCCAAUAUUAAUGCAAAUUGAAAUGCAGUAUCCAGAAAAUGCCAUUGAGGGAUUAACCAAGAACAAUUUCAAGCUGUUUUUUGAAGGAUCCGAAAUUAUAGUAUCUGGAAAAAUUAACAAUGAGCUGGAUCUUUUGCCAGUAGAAAUUAAAGCUCAGUCACAUGCUAGUGACUUGACUCUUAAAGAAGAAGCAAAUGUCAAAGAGAAGGAGCAAGUGUUUCAAAAUCAAAGUUACAUCUUUGGAAAUUUCAUAGAGAGGCUGUGGGCUUACUUAACCAUUCAACAGCUUCUGGAAAAAUCUAUUUCAGCAGAAGAAGAGGACCAGAAAACCCUGGAGGCGCAAGCCUUAGAGCUGUCUCUGCGGUACAGCUUUGUUACGCCCCUCACUUCCAUGGUGGUCACCAAACCUGCUGACCAGCAGCAGACAGAGCUGGCGAACAAACCCACCGAAGCUGAUAAUGAGAAGCCCAGCAGUUUUCCAGUAGGAGAUGCUUAUAGACUGAGGAGUGGAGCACCUCCUGACAAUGAAUAUCCGCAGCUUCUCGUGCAAUUACCCAAACAAAAUGAAAUAAUCUGUUUAAAUACUGAUGGAAAAGCACAGCCCUCUGUCCACCUGCUGUCGGAUCCGGAGCAAGGACUCACUGUGACGGGGAAACUUGGAGAUGGAAUAAAUCACUUUGUGCAGUUUGAAAUUAACUAUGUGAAUCCCCCCGCACAAAUCCACGUCUCCAUGGGUGAGAUCAUCCUAAACCACAAUAAUGAGAGCACUCGGCUGCCAUGGACAGAGUCAGCCACCUCCACCGUCCAAGGGCUGAGAGUCUCAGUGGAAAAGGAAAGGAGCAUUACAGCAUCAUUGUCUGAUACAGUCACAGUAAAAAUUUCCUUCAUAAAAUUUCCAGAUGAUUUCCUUGGGCUGUAUUUCUUGAACACCGACCAUUUUUCUGACAAAGUUAGUGGAGUUGUGGGUCAAUUUUAUUCAAAAGCGAAAUUUGAGAAUAAUUCCAACAUUAAUCAGAGAGCUGAUGAAAGACUCCUAAAAGUGUCUGGAUCUGAGCACAAAGUUACCAGGCAAUACAAGAAGGAUUACAGGCUUGAGUCAACCAGUGAUCCUGUUCCCUGCUGGUCAAUAGAUAUAACUCCCUAG